AUGGAAGACGCCAUGGCUGUGGCAUAUUUCCGUGGAGUUGCCGCUAGCCAACUUCUUUUAUCAAAUCCGAUGAAAGGGUCCAUGGCAGCUAUUGGAAUGUCUGUGGACGCGGUGAUGCCCUAUUUAACACAGUUGACAACCGGCAAGGCUGUUGUGGCAUGCAUCAACAGCCCUUCCAACGUAACAGUAUCCGGUGAUGCCUGUGCAAUUGACGAACUGUUGGACGUGCUAAGAGAUCAAUCUGUGUUUAUGCGGCCUCUCAAUGUGGACGUUGCGUAUCACUCGCAUCACAUGGAAUUGAUUGCCAAUGAAUAUCUAAGUUCCAUUGACCCAAUUUCCCCAAGACCCUAUACAGAUAUAUCAUCAAAUGAAGAAGCUGUUGCAUUCUUCAGCUCGGUUACUGGGGCCGAGAUUCAGCCUGAUGAACUGGCAUCUCGGUAUUGGGUUUCCAACUUACUUGGGCAGGUGCAGUUCUCCCACUCGUUGACAAAUCUCUGUUUUGAGACGAAGAGAAAGCAUGGGGCAGCUGGGGCAAUGGUUAGAAAAAGGGCCGGGGCGGCUAAAAAGCCCAGCAUUGAUUGUAUCUUGGAGAUAGGCCCCCACUCAGCUCUUUCCGGGCCCAUCAAUCAAAUCCUACAGUCGGAUUUGAAACUUAAGGCUGCAAAGAUUUCAUACUUAAGCAUUCUUUCGAGAAAUAUCGAUGCAGUCUCAACUGUACUUCAAGCAGCAUCCACAUUGGCAACACUUAACUACCCAGUAGACCUCUCUGCGAUAAAUUUUCCUGCGGGCAUGGAAAACCGGUUCGCUGCGAGACUUCUCAUGGAUAUGCCACCAUAUUGUUGGAAUCAUACAAGAUCAUACUGGGCAGAGCCUCGCUUGAGUAUAACCUAUCGGCAGCGAAGAUAUCCUCGAACAGAUUUGCUUGGUUCACCUGACAAUAUGGCCUGUUCAUUUGAGCCUCGAUGGCGAAAUCAUCUGCGGUUGUUAGAGAUUCCAUGGCUGAUAGACCAUAAGAUUCAGUCAAACAUUGUUUACCCCGCUGCGGGGUAUAUAAGUAUGGCGAUUGAGGCCAUUACGCAAUUGAUUAAAAGCACCGAUAAGGUUUCGGGCAUUACUAUGCAAGAGGUCUCAAUUCGCUCAGCCUUGAUCAUUCCGGAAGAUAGAGGGGUUGAAGUAAUGACUUCAUUUCGUCGAUUUGAUCGGAAUCGAACAAAUGAAGGAAGUAUUCGCUAUGAGUUCCAUAUUUACUCCGUCACUAGUACCAACAGGUGGACUGAGCAUUGUUCUGGACUUAUUGGUGUGAAAACCGAAUCAGACUCAAGUGAUCGAUUGGCUGUUAAAGAGAUGAAUGGGAAUGAUAUUACACUCCUGGGGGAGCAAACCAACAGCAUUUCCGUAAUUAACGUUCAUCAGCUCUACGAAUUAUUACAAAAUGUUGGCCUAGAGUAUGGUCCGCACUUUUCCAAUCUCACUAGUGCUCGCAGAAUUCAGAAUGGCACCUGCUUUGGAGAAAUCACCAUUCCAGACACCGGUUUCAACAUGCCAAUGAAGUUCCAGCAUCCUCUGUUAGUACAUCCUUGCACGUUGGACAGUAUUUUUCACACUAUUUUCGCCGCACUCCCUGAAAGCAUUUGGGCCGGGAAGAAUGCAUUUAUUCCAGUAUUUCUCCACCAACUAUACAUUUCUUCAGAAAUCGACUCCGCCCCCCUGGCGAGAUUUUGA